CUUCGAUAAAUCAUAUCAUAUGACACGAUCAAAAUGGCGACGUCCGACGACACUCUGGAGAUCCUGCUCAACAGAGCCACUGACCCAUCUAUGAAAGAGGAAGACUGGGAUAAAAUAACAGCAUUUUGUAAUAAAGUGAAUGCUGAGUUAGAAGGUCCACUUCUAUCAACUCGUCUGAUUGCUCACAAGAUCCAGUCUCCUCAAGAGAAAGAGGCUUUGUUUGCUUUGAGUACUCUGGAGGCCUGCGUCAAUGAAUGUGGCAGAUACUUCCAUCAAGAAAUUGGAAAGUUCAGAUUUCUGAAUGAGAUCAUUAAAGUUGUGUCUCCAAAGUAUUUAGGUAACAGAACCGCAGAGAGAGUAAAGACAAGAUGCAUUGAAACCUUGUACAGCUGGCAUAGAGGGCUCACACAUGAACCGAAAAUCACAGAAGCAUAUAAAAUGUUGAAAGCUCAAGGCAUAAUCAAGGAAGAUCCAACUUAUGUUGACAAAACCUUCAGCCCUUUUCCCCCUCUCAAACCAAGGAAGGCGGACUUUGAAGAUGAUGAGAAAGCCAAGACUUUGGAAAAACUGUUGAGAAGUAAAAACCCUGACGACUUACAAGCUGCAAACAGACUCAUAAAGAACAUGGUGAAAGAGGAUAUGGAAAAGACAGAGAAAAGAUCUCGCAGAAUAAAUGAACUGGAGUCUGUCAGAAAUCAAGUUAAGCUGUUGACAGAAAUGAUAAGUCACUUUUCAGCUGCAUCAUCAUCAAAGGAAGAUAUGGAGAUGAUGAAGGAACUCUUUGAGAAUCUUGAGAAACAAAGGCCAAGUUUGAUCAGACUAGCCAGUGACACUGAUGAAAACGACAAUGAUGGAAUAAACGACAUUCUUGAAGCAAACGACUCUGUCACUCGAGUGAUGACCAUGUACAAACAGACUGUCGAGGGGGUGGCUCCUGCUGGAGAUUACUCGGCUGGUGCUAAAGAUUCAUCAUUACUUGAUCUUGGGCUGGACUCUGGUGCUAACAGAGCUGUGGGCAAUACAGCGGGCAACACACCUGCAGCCGCAUCCUCAUCAGCUGCUCUCUUGGAAAAUGAUUUUAAGAGUCUAGGUCUUGGUGACAUGAAUGAGCUUGGAUCAAUAUUUAACAGCGCUCCAGGAACACAAAGUCAGCAGCAACAACAACAGCAAGCCAUGGCUUCUUCAGUGCCAGUGGCCCAGGCCCCAGGCUUUGGCAUGCAAGCAACUCCUUACGGCUUUGGGCAACAAGGCUUUAUGGGACUGGCCACUGCUCAGCCUCCCCAGGGGGCGUCGGCUGCGUUUCCUCAAGGCCCACCUCCAGUGUAUAGUGCUAUCUCUCACAACGUUGGUCCCACGUCGUCAUCUUCAGCUGCCAGUGCCAAUCCCCCCGCCAAUCUGGUGAACUCAAAUGGAGCCACGUGGACGGCAGCCACAGCGUCAGGAGGGAAAGAAUCAUCAAACACAAAUUCCAGCCUCGCUGAUCUGGAUAUCUUAGAUAAAUCUCUUCAAGACUACAAGCUUAAUAAAGAAACAUUCCCCGUUAAGACGCCCCAAGUGAAAAUGUCGCUCAAUCAGAUGGGCUCUGUUAAAUCUUCGGAAGCAACCUCAUCAGGAACAUCACCAGCAUCUGCGUUUCAACCUCCGCCCUCAUCUAUCAUGGUGGGACAAGUUCUACAACCCAACUCCCCAAGCGAUGGCCUCCUCAAACCAACAGUCUCCUCGAAUGGAGAUUUCACAGCAAUGGUGUCUGCUCCCCCUGAACCCAAGCUAGACCUACUGCCCCUCACCGAUGUGUUUGUACCUCUAGAGAAAAUUCAGCCAGCUCCAGGCAUUCCGUCUGUGACUGCUUAUGAAAAGAAUGGCUUGAAAGUGGUGGUACAUUUUGGCAAGGAUCGCCCCAGGCCUGAUGUGUUGACCAUGGUCGUCUCAAGCCUGUCGACAAGUUCAAGUCCCAUCACGGGAUUCAUUUUCCAAGCUGCUGUUCCAAAGACAAUGAAAGUGAAGUUACAGCCUCCAUCCGCAUCAGACUUUCCUGCACACAACCCGAUCCUUCCUCCCACGGCUAUAACGCAGGUCAUGUUAGUGGCAAACCCGAAAAAGGAGAAAGUUCGCUUGAAGUACAAGUUAUCAUACACAGCUGAUGGGAAGCAGGUUUCAGAUGUUGGUGAUAUUGAUGGCAUUCCUGUUCAAUGAAAACAAGUUUAUGAUGAUAUAUGUUUAGAACUGAACCGUGCAGAUUCCCUUUAUGGAAGGAUGUUGGGCUUUUAGCUCUUACAAGGUUGUUGUUUUUUUUGUUGAGAUGAUAGAGGCACUCAAGUGGUUUGUUUAUACAAGUAUUUGUCAGUCUUUGCAUGUCUGAUGUCUGCACUUGUGGGGAGAAUUGUGUAUUUCUCGGAUCUUUUUUGUAUUGUAGUCUUUUGUUUCUUAUUUGCUUGAUUUGUUCUGUUAGAAUAUGAUGACACUUUUCCUGCCUUUCUUUCUUCUGUGAUUUCAAUACUCAUGUCAGAGGUCCAGCAAUCAUAUAUCGACUUCAUUACCUUAUCAUGCAAAAUGUAUACACAGUCAACGCUGAUUAAGUUGAUUUGAAUGGUUUUUGAUAAUGGCGUCACAAUAUGUUGCGUAUCACAUUUAUAUUGAGUAUAAAUAAUCCUCUGUUAUUGUUCUGUGCUUUUAAUCAGUACGUGCAGUACGUGGGUGUCAGUGAUUGUUGUAUAUAUAGCUGUGAUGUCACUUCACAUAUUUAUUAUAAUAUCACUGAACAGAGAUUUCUUUUAUCAAUUCGCAAGGGCCUGUCGAAGAAAAGUUGAGCUUUUAAAAAUGUUUUCCUUGGAUAAGGAAAGGAUACAACAUUCUUUUAUAUUAAGAGUAAAGUUUGAUUUUGUGAAUAUUAACUCACUCAGUUCUGGCUAUUUUAGCACUGCAUAUACCUGUUUAAAUUCUUUGUCAAGGAUAUUUUCUAAAUUCUGUGCUUCAGCAGUUUUUACAUAGGCCAAUACAUCGAGUGUUUUUUCUUAACUUAAUUAAGAGUAUAUGAAAGCUAAGAGAAUUGAGAUAACUUGUGCAUGUAUUUUCUAAUGGAUUUUUUAAAAUCGGGAUCAAAACUGCGAAAUUCUGAUGCUUGGAGCUCAUGGUUUAAAUAAUUAUUUUUUACAGUCAAAGAAGAAAUAAUAGCAUGUAGAACAGACAGGAUUUAUAGUGUUUUCACUCACCAUCACAGUAGAGAUCUGAUUUACUGAUGAGAAGAAUAUUGGAUGAAAAAAAUGAAGGGAAGAAUUUUUUUUGUAUAGUUGUGGCAAACAUUCUCCCACAAGAGUUUGUCUCCAAUAAUCGAUGUCAGCAUGACUACUCGGUUAGCACUUGUUCGAUUUAUAUUUCACACGCACCUCUCAAAAGAAGGUUGAAUGCGUUUUUACAAAGGCCCAACGCUACCACUAUGUUUACAUCAGGAAUAAAUUCCAGCAUCUAAGAGAGUACGGCCAGGGGUAGCGCUACGGGGCCGUUAAACAUUUUCACUCACAGCAGGUGCAGCAGCGCGGGGUACUGAGUGAGUCGUGUAUAUUGUGUCCUUUGUUCAUGGUGAUUGUGCAAUUUCAUGCUACCGGAUAGCAUGCGCUUUCUGUUGUCUUGUUUUUUUUCUCUCCAACGUGGUGGCCUGUAAGGGGAUAUGAUCUUUCCUGCUUUGUUAGUGAUGAAAUGCUGUACCAUAAUUGGGAGGCUGAGGCACCUUUUAGAAAAACAAAUUUAUUGUUAAGUCCAGGCCCACAUGUUUGGGGGUUGGUUAAAAAAGCCAGGAAUUUAUUCCUUCGAAAUUGUACCUUGUUCUUACGUUGGAUUCAUAAAUUUCUCGUCAUAAACUGUGUCAUUAGUUGUAAAUUAUCUUUUGUAAAUGUUAUACAAGUUUUUUUUUCUUUUAGUACUAGUACUAUUUUUAUGACACUUGAAAUACAAAUAGGCCAUAUGAGUACGGAAAUUUGAAGUGUUGCCAGAGAGUAACAUACAAAGAAAGGAAAGAGAAGAGUUAAGGACGAUAAAAGUGUCAUAGGAGAACAGGAGCAAACCAUACCAGAGCACUGCCAGCCACCCACUUUUCCAAGUUUAAAAGCAGAUGGUUAUGGUGUCAGGUUGUUGUUUACAUACAGGUAACAUGCUUUGAACCCACAAGACUCUAAAAGAGUACAUGUAGUGCCGUGCUGGUUGGUAAGCUGCCAUAGCUUUCGAAGAGGAGAAAUAUUACAACUUGAGUUAUGACUAUGACCACACAUAUAAUACUGUUCGUGGUCUUUGAAAGCCAUUGACAGUGACAGUAUCAAUAAAAUGACUUCCAGGAUUUACUUUUUCAAUAGUAAUGUGAACUGAAGUUGAAUUUUUUCAGAUCAGGUCGCAUCUUGGGAAAGGCAAGGUCUGGAUGAGUAGGCCUAUUGCACAAUAAAUAUAUCACUUCACUGGUGCUCUUUCAACAUUGUAGACUAAAGACUUUUUAAAUUGUGUUUAGGUUAGACAGUCAUUUUAAAAAAUGUGUCCAAAGGAGUUAGUACAUGAUACAUGUAGGCCCUACAUGUGAUAAAUUGAGCCUGUGUACAAUUUCUUAUAAUAUUAUGUGUAUUGUGCAAGUACGGCCAACAGCCUAUGCUUACCAGCUGCCAAUGUUGAUGUGAGGAAUACUGGUAAAAUAAAAUAUAUAUGUAUGUUCUUCAAGAA